UUUCCUGGAUGAAGUUUGUGUUUGAAUGUUUUGGUCGCAUUCAUUCAUCCGUCCAGCCAUCCUCCACUCAGAACCUGAAGCACAGAGAAGAUUGAACGUGAAGGUCGCGGUCGGGUCGGGUCGGGUCAGGAUGGAGCUGAAGGUCUGGGUGGACGGGGUCGUCAGGGUCGUCUGCGGCCUUUCUCUCAACACUUCCUGUCAGGAAGUCGUCAUCUCUCUCGCUCAGGCCAUCGGCCAGACGGGUCGGUAUGUUCUGAUCAGGAAGCUUCGGGGCUUGGAGCGCCCUCUGGUUGCUGACGACUGCCCCAUGCAGCUGCUGGCUCAGAUGGGUCAGCUGGCUGCAGAGGUCCAGUUCGUCCUGCGGAAAACGGGCCCCAGCCUCAGCGAAGGGCCACACAGACCCAGCAAGGAGAGCCAUCGCCCCCUGCUGGUGCCCUCAGAACCAGAACCUCAGCAUAAGGGCCCUCAGAAAGCCCUCUCCUUCAGUCUGGGCCCCUCAACGUUUCCCAGGAGGAACAGACCCAGCAGGAACUGGUCUCCCAGUCUGGAGGAAUCAGCAGAAGAAAAUCAUCCGUCUGAUCCUGAGAAGGAGGAGAUGCUGAGGCAGAUCCUGCAGCAGCAGACGAUGCUGCAGGACCUGGAGGCUCAGAUCAAAGCUCUGGAGAAAGACACCGAGUUAUUCGAGCAGAAGGUCACAAAUUCUGUAGUUCCUGAUCCGAUUCCGGACCUGACAGACGACCUGCAGGAGCUGGAGUACCGGCGGAAACAGUACGAGGUGGAGCUGAUGUACGGAGAAGACUGGGAGGAGGAGCUGAAGGUGGAGCUGGAGCGAGAGCAAGACAUGCAGAGACGACUGGAGCAGAUUCACUCGUCUAUAGACGACCAGAGUUAUGAGAUCAAGGUGCUCCAUAGCCGCUCCGACCACCUGGAGCAGGACCUACAGGACCGAGCCCAGACUAGCGCCCCGAGCGCCGAGGAGGAGGGGACCCGGCUGACGGACGAGGCCCUCAGGUCGCUGACCCAGGAGCUCCACAAGCGGCUGCAGCUGGGCGAAGAUCUGGACGCGGCGCUGGCAGAGACGCAGUGGCUGCUGCAGACGGCAGAAGAAACGGUAAAGGACAGACUGGAGCAGAUCGAUGGGCUGAACAAGGAGCUGAGGCAGUGUGACCUGCAGCAGUUCAUCCAGCAGGCCGGUGGGAACCCGUACGCCGACCAGGGGGCCCCGCUGCUGGUCAGCGAAGUUCAGCUGAGCAAGACUCGCGUCAGGAAGUAGCGGCGGCCGGAGCAUCAGUAGGAACCAGAAGGAGAAACCUUGAAGUCCCGUUAAAUGUGUGUGAGUGUGUGAAUGUUGUGUUUGUUGGAAUAACACACAUCUCUUUGUACAGUUAUUUAGCCUGGAAUGUCACUUUUUAUAUGUAAAAAUAAAGUUUUUUAUUCCAUCUCUGAAA